AUGUCGUCCAUCUACGUGCUCGAGCCGCCGACGAAGGGCAAGGUCAUCCUCAACACUACUCACGGGCCACUGGAUAUCGAGCUUUGGCCGAAGGAGGCGCCUAAGGCCGUUCGGAACUUCGUACAGCUUUGCCUCGAGGGUUACUAUGAUAGCACCAUCUUCCACCGUAUUAUUAAGGGCUUCAUCAUUCAGGGAGGAGAUCCUACUGGAACUGGCACUGGUGGUGAGAGUAUAUAUGGGAGUGCAUUUUCUGACGAAAUUCAUUCUCGUCUGAGGUUCAACCACAGAGGCUUAGUUGCAUGUGCAAAUUCCGGUGCACCACACUCCAAUGGGAGUCAGUUUUUUAUGACUUUAGAUAAAAGCGACUGGCUCGAUCGAAAGCAUACCAUUUUCGGAAAGGUCACGGGAGAUUCUAUAUACAAUCUCCUUGCCAUUGGUGAAAUUGAAACGGGUAAGGACGAUAGACCAUUGGAUCCAAUCCCAAAAAUAAAAUCAGUGGAGGUUUUGUGGAAUCCCUUUGAUGAUAUAGUUCCGAGAGCUGUGCCUAAAGCUGUCAACCAUUCUGAAUCCGAUGCUGAAAAUAAGGAUUCAAAAUUAAAACCCGUGAAAAAGUUGAACUUGCUGUCAUUUGGAGAUGAGGCUGAAGAAGAAGAGAAGCAGCUUGCCGCUGUGAAGCAAAAAAUUAAGAGUAGUCAUGAUGUGUUAAACGAUCCUCGCUUGCUAAAGGAGAAUCAACAAAUGGAAGAAUUGAAUUUAUCCGACGCCAGUGCCUCGAGAGAACUGCAACUAUCUGUGAGAGAAGCACUGGGUUCGAAGAAAGAAGGGAGGAAGAAAGCUUCAGAAGCUGGAGUUUCUAACAAUGAUGAAGAUGAUAGUGAGGAUGAGGCCAACUUUGAUUCACGAAUGCGUCAGCAAGUGCUUAGAAAACGUCAAGAACUUGGAGAUUAUCCAUCUAGCCUUAUGCAAACUGGAAGCUCCAACUCAAAAGGUCAUGACAUUUCUGCUUCAAGAUCAAAUGCUGAAAGCACUGAAGAUGAGAAACGAAGGGUGGAAAAGCUGUCAUUAAAAAAGAAAGGAAUGGGAUCAGAAGCUAGAGCUGAACGCUCGGCUACUGCAGAUACAGACCUGCAGUUGUAUAAUGAAGCCGAGCGUGGAAGACUCUUGCAAAAGCAGAAGAAGCGAAGAAUUGGAAGGCGAGAGGAUGAAGUUUUAGCUAAACUGGAGAUGUUUACAAAGGCAAUUUCGGGGAAAGCUACUGCAUCGAAUGGCGAGGCUGGAGAUGGUAAUGAUGAGGAUUUGUCAGACUGGAGCUCUGUACAACUGAAAUUUGCACCUGAGCGUGGGAAGGAUAAGAUGUCACGAAAAGAUGACCCAGAUGACUAUGUUGUGCAUGAUCCUCUUUUGGAGAAGGGGAAAGAAAAAUUCAAUCGGAUGCAAGCAAAACAGAAGAGACGAGAAAGGGAAUGGGCUGGUCAAUCUCUAACCUAA